AUGGCGGGGAGCUACAAGAGCGACACUACCAGAGUCGAAGAGCCUUCGCUAGAAACUAGGGGGAGAACCAGCAGCAACUCGGUACAGGCCCAAGUCAACCAGCUGGAAGACAUUGAGUCUCUAUCUCGCUUCGAGGAAGAGACAGCAGAUCGUGGAAUCGGUGCUCUCCAUCAUAUCCGUUCCAGGACUCGCAGUAGAACAAAUGAAACGCUGAUAGACUGGGCGUACAAUGAUCCUGAGAAUCCCUACAACUGGCCCAUGGCAAGUUUCAAAAAGAACAUCGUUACCUUCCUCAGCGGGAUGCUCGUGAUCAACUCGACCAUGAACUCGGCACUCCCAAGCAUGGCCAUCCCAUUCAUCACCAAGGAAUUCGGUAUAACAUCAAGCGAGCAGAAAGUGCUCCCCAUAUCCAUCUACUUGGUCGGCUAUGUGUUGGGACCCAUCGUCUGGGGCCCCCUGAGUGAGCACGUCGGCCGUCGAUAUCUGAGCAUCUGCACCUUCGCCAUGUUCAGCAUAUUCACCAUGGCCUGCGGGUUCUCCCCCAACUGGUCCGCCCUCCUCGUCUUCCGCUUCUUCUGUGGAAUGUUUGGAAGUGCUCCCAUUGCGGUCGUGGCCGGUAUCCUCGCGGAUGUCUACGGCGAGCCGAGGACACGUGGUAGAGCGUUUGCCAUCUUCAUGGUGACAACCGUAUUCGGCCCGCUGUUCGCCCCCAUCGUCUCCGGAUUCUGCUCAACCACCAUCGGCUGGCGCUGGACCUUCUGGAUCGGCGUCUUCUUCGCCGCCGCGACCCUCGCCGUGGUCCUCUUCCUCCCGGAGACCUACGGUCCCAUCCUCCUCGCCCGCCGCGCCAGGAAGAUGCGGGCCGAGGACCCCGACUCUCGCGCCAUCUCCCCGCGCGACCUCGAGGAGACCGACCUUUCCCAGCUCUUCACCGUCGUCCUCACCCGCCCUAUCCGCAUGCUCCUCUCCGAGCCCAUCGUGUCCACCACCUGUGCCUACCUCGCCCUCGUCUACGCCAUCUUCUACAUGUCCUUCCAGGCCUUCCCCAUCAUCUUCUCCAGCCUCUACGGCCUCUCCCCCGGCGUCACGGGGCUCUGCUACCUCCCCAUCGGCGGCGGCGCCACCCUGAGCCUCCCCAUCUUCUGGUUCUGGGACGCCUACCUCGCGAAGGCCACCGCCGCGGGUGCGUCCUGGACGAGGCGCGAGGAGUCCCGCCGCUUGCCCCUCGCCCUCAUAGGCGGGCCGGCCUUCGUCGUCGCCCUGUUCUGGCUAGGAUUCACCUCCCGUAGCAGCCUCUCCUUCGUCGUGCCCAUGCUUGCCGGUAUUCCCUUCGGCCUCGGCUUCAUGCUCAUCUUUAUGGCCCUCCUCAAUUAUCUCACUGAUGCCUAUGAUAUCUUCGCUGCUUCUGCCAAUGCUGCUGCCUCUUGUUGCCGUUCCCUUCUUGCCGUUGUCCUCCCUCUUGCCACAAGCCGUAUGUUUGACGAUUUGGGUAUUUCAGGUGCCUGUGCCCUUUUAGGUGGUCUUAGCGCUGGGAUGUGCAUUAUUCCAUUUGUCUUCAUUUGGAAAGGCCCCGUGAUUAGGGAGAAAUCCAAGUUUUGUAUUGCUUUGCGCGAGCGGAGAGAAGAAAUUCAUCGUAGGGCGGAACGAGAAAGGGAGAGAUUGGAGGGCCUAUGGAAGGAGGAGAAGGGCACUAAAAAUCCAGAGAGUGAUCACUAA